GCUUUGGGUCAUGGCAUAUUUCUAAGCUUGACCAUCUCACCAACACAAGUAUUCCCCCCUCCACCCCCGCCCCACCUCGGCUGUACCUGGCAUUGAAGUUUCUCCUCACUUCCCCAAGGGAGACCGGCCAAAGACAUCUACAUCCACAUCCACACCCCCUCAUCCAGGUAGGACCUCUGCUUCACUCUCUACCUGAGCCUAGGCAGCACUCUCACCAGCCUUGCCAUACCAUCUGGGGAGGCAAGGGAGUCACAGCUGCUGCCAGUCAGCAGGGAGGACCCCCUCUGCUGCUGCUGCCUGUGAGGAGUUUGGGGGUCCUGAGUGAGGUGGGGGGCAGAGCGGACUCCCCAGUACUGGGCUGGGGUCCGCUCCCGCCCCUGGCGCUCCCCUCCUCUGGCCCGGCUCCUGCUGCCCGCCCGCCCCGCGGGGUGGGCUUCGGAGCACAUGCUGAGCGGCGCGGGCUGAGCGGCGUGGCGGAGCGAGCGCUCGCAGGGACACACGCAGGGGCUGACAGCUGUGCUGCUGCUGAUAAGCGAAGCCACAAGGAGACGAUCGAGGAGAGAGACAAGCGGCGGCAGCAGCCAGGGCUGCAGGAGCUGCUGGGAGUGUGAGCAGCUCCCCUCCCUCUUGCCCCCCUCCCCCUCCUCGGCGGGAGUUUGGAGGAGCUACUGCUGUCCCUACCACUUGGGGAGAAGAGCCCGGGCUGCUAGGCGGGGAGGGGACAGCGGGUAGGGACUCUCUGGACGGCCAGGUCCAAGCAGCCAGGGCAGAUGCCUAUCGAGAUAGUGUGCAAAAUCAAAUUUUCCGAGGAGGAUGCAAAACCGAAGGAGAAGGAAGAGGGGGACGAGCAGAGCCUGUUGGGGGCAGCAUGCCAGGGGCCGCCCCCUAGGGACCUGGCCACCUUUGCCAGCUCCAGCACCCUGCACGGCUUGGGGCAUGCCUGUGGCCGGGGGCCUCGAGGGCUGCGCAGGAUCCUGUGGGCACUGGCCCUUCUGGCCUCCCUGGCUGCUUUCCUUUACCAGGCUAUGGGCCUGGCCCGUAGCUACCUGGCUCGGCCUCACCUGGUCUCCAUGGACCCAGCCGGGGUAGCCCCUGCCCUGGGCUUUCCUGCCGUUACCCUUUGCAACAUCAACCGCUUCCGACACUCUGCUCUCAGUGAUGCUGACAUCUUCCACCUGGCCAACCUGACGGGGCUGCCCCCUAAGGACAGAGAUGGACAUCGGGCAGCAGGCCUUCGAUACCCCGAGCCGGACAUGGUGGACAUUCUGAACCGCACUGGCCACCAGCUGGCUGACAUGCUCAAGAGCUGCAACUUCAGUGGCCACCACUGUUCCGCCAGUAACUUCUCUGUGGCACAGAGCCACAGCUGUGGAAACAUCGAGGGACUUACCAUGUUCUUGUUGCUGUUGCCACUGCAGCACUGCCAUGGUUUGGAGGGGGCCUCCUGGUGCCAGGGGGCUUUUUCAGGGCAUGCUUGCACUGAAGGGAUGGGGCAGCUCCUGGCUGGAGCACUGUGGGAGGCUUCCAGACCUUACCGCCUUUUCCUGGUCCCCCAAUAUCCCUCUGCCUUCCCCACUGAGGUCUGCUGGAUGCCAGACAGGGAUGCAGAAGGCUGCUGGGCCCUGCCUGAGGCCCCCGCCGGCCUCUUCAUUAAUCAGGAAUCAACCGGGAGCCCAGCUCAUUAUCAGCUCAGCUCCUCUGUGGAGCUGCCGGAAGACGCUGAUUAG